GUGCGUGUGUGUGUGUGCGUGCGUGUUUGAGUCAGAUCAAACCCACAUUAUAUUUAAGUCUCCUCCUGGUCUCGAGAUAAGGUCUCUGGAUCUGUGAUGGGAUCAAACACACUCUGAAUCCUGACAGACGCUGUGUGCAGCCAUGGGGGACUGGUCCUAUCUGUUCGCCCUGCUCGAUAAAGUCCAGUCUCACUCCACGGUGGUGGGGAAGAUCUGGAUGAGCGUCCUCUUCCUCUUCAGGAUCUUUGUACUCGGAGCUGCUGCAGACAAAGUGUGGGGCGACGAGGUGUCAGAGUUCUACUGCGACAGCCUGGAGCCGGGCUGCAAGCACUCCUGCUACAACUGGAAGUUUCCCAUCUCCUACAUCCACUACUGGGUGCUGCAGAUCAUCUUUGUGUCUACACCCACACUGGUGUACCUGGGCCAUGCUGUGCAUAUCAUCCACAGAGAGAAGAGAAUGAUGGAGCAACUAACAGGUGGAGUUGCAGUGAGAAAGUACACGGACGACAGGGGGAAGGUGAAGAUUAAAGGCGUCCUCUUCUGCACCUACAUGACCCAGCUGGUCUUUAAGGUCCUCCUGGAGGUGGGCUUCACUGUGGCUCAGUUCUACAUCUUCGGCUCCGUCUUCAUGGACUCCUUCUUCCACUGUAAACAGUCUCCGCCCUGUGCACGUCACACCGGGGCCCAGUGUUACAUUUCUCGUCCCACGGAGAAGACCAUCUUCAUCCUCUUCAUGCUGGUGGUGACGGGGCUGUCGGUGCUGCUGAACGUGGUGGAGAUGAUUUACCUGCUGUGCAACCGAAGCAGACAACGCAGGAAGCAGCGUUCAGCUCAGCAGCAGCAGAAGCAGGCCAUCACAUCCCAGCAGAACUCAUCCAACCAGGCAUGGGGCAGCGGGGCUAGCAGAUAUGUAGGAUAUCCUCUGUUGCCUCAUCCUGCUGCAGGUGUGACAAGUGAGGAGCAGGACAAGGACUCAGACUGGAAGGAGAAGGACACCUGAAGGAACUUUACCCUGAACCUAAAGUUUUUUAAUUUGAUCAGCAGCUUCAUUAUAUGAAACCUGUUUCAAGAUAAAGAUGUCAAAAACCUCCCGAUAGAAAAUCCUGAGUUCUUUCUUUUUUCAUUCUUUUAAAUAAAUGUUUUUGAACAAAUCUUCAAAAUCA